AUGUCAAAUUCAUUUUGGAAAUUUGGACAGGAUUACUCUAACGAAGCUUCAAUUUCAAAGAUUUUAAGAAAUGCUUUUCUAAAGAUAACUAAAGAUGAUGAAGCAGUGACAACCGUUAACGAUAUUGAUAAGAAAAUUGAUAGCUUGGAUUCUCCCAAAGAUAAACUUAUAGAGGAACAGAGUGAAGAAAAAGAAACUCCAGAAACUCCCGUUGAUAAGGGAAGUGAGGAUUCAUUACCUAGCACUGAGGCCGAAUUCAAAGAGUAUAGACCUAACUUGGAAAUACUGGAUGAUUUAUUAGAUGAGGAAGAAGUUUAUACCGAACUAAUGUGCUCCAAUUUCAAACUACUGAUGUAUUUCAAAUACCCAGAGGUACUUUCUCGAUUGCUCGAUUACAUAAAGUUCGAUGAACAAAACACCGAGAAAGAAGACGAAGAAGUGAUUGAAGGAGACGCAGAGCAUUCGGACCUUGAUAGCGAAGAUUAUAUUAAUGGAACCGAAGAAGCAUCUGAAGAGCAACAAUCUAAUGACGAAACCAAUGAAUCAGAUGUUUCAGAAGAUAAUAGUGUCACAUUACCUGCAGAAUUGGAGGAACAAAUUGAAGUGAGAAGGGCCCACAUGGCGUCUGAAAUUUUAUCAGCCGAGGUCUGGGGCAUCUCCAAUGCAAUUUUGGAAAAUGACGAACUGCUGACAAAACUUUGGUCUAUCCUAGACCAUCCAAUACCGCUGUCUAUAGAAACAUCAACUUAUUUUAUGAAGAUUAAUGAAAGAUUAUUAGAUACUGAUAUCACAGGUAUGGUGACAUUUAUACUGAGUCAAUCCACAUUAGUUGCUCGAUUCCUUAAGCAUAUCGACAACCCACCUUUGUUGGACUUUCUUCUGAAAGUGAUAUCUUCGGAUAAACCAGAUGCGCCUACCAGGGUUAUCCAGUGCUUAAAGGAACAAGGUCUGAUACCGAGAUUAUUAGAUUGUUUAUCUCACGAAUAUGAUCCUUCCACUCAAACAGCAGCCGCUGAUUUUUUGAAAGCCUUUGUCACUAUCAGUGGUAAUUGUAAUAGUGAAAUUGCAUCAAGUAUAGGUCCCAAUGAACUGACGAGACAGUUAGUGUCUCCAGAAAUGAUGGAAAAAUUGAUCAAGAUUAUGCUUACUGGUGGCACCUCAUUAAGUAAUGGAGUUGGUAUAAUCAUUGAGUUAAUCAGAAAGAACAAUUCUGACUACGAUUUUGUUCAAGUCAUGUAUACCACUCUUGAAACACAUCCACCAAAUGACAGAGAUCCUAUUUAUUUAGGCUACUUGGUUUCUCUCUUUGCUCAGUAUAUGCCUGAGUUUAAUAAAUUUUUACUUGAUACAAAUUCCACAAUGUUACGUACUUCCUUUGGCAAUAUAACACCUCUUGGUUUUGAAAGAUUUAAAGUAUGUGAAUUAAUAGCCGAACUGUUGCAUUGUUCCAACAUGAGUUUAUUGAAUGAACCAAAGGGUGAAGCCAUUGUUAAGGAAAGAGAUGAAGAAAGAAAAAGAGUAUUAAACUUUUCACACAUUUCAGACUCAGGAGAAGCUAAUAUGAAUGGUGAUACUACGACAAUUGAAGGAGAGGAAAUCACAGAACGAAUAGAUUCUCUUAAAUUGGAGAGUGAAGAAGAGAUAAGAGAGCUAAAUGAGAAAGAAGAUGAAUCAAGUGUAGCGGAAUCAUCAGAUGUUGAAGCUGCUCCAGAAGAUCACAUAUCUGACUCACCUGCAACUGAGAAAAGUAUUCGUGAUGAAAAAAUAGUUGGUGAUGUAUUAAAAACACUCCUCUACGAUACUGGCAUUGUAGUUAACAUCGUAAAAAUGUUCUUUCAGUUUCCCUGGAAUAAUUUCUUACACAACGUUGUGUUUGACAUUAUCCAACAAAUUUUCAAUGGUCCGUUAAAGACAGGUUAUAAUAUUUUCCUGCUGAAGGAUUUACUGACAAGAGCUCAUUUAACUCAAUUACUACUUGAUGGUGAUACCCGAAGUAGAGAAUAUGAGGAAAGGACACAUUUUAGAUUGGGAUACAUGGGUCAUCUAACCUUAAUCGGUGAAGAGAUUCUAAAAUUUGCCGCAUACCUGGAGGAAACCAAGGUAGUAUUUACCGAGGAUGAUAUUGUGGAUGCAUUACAGGAUAGUGCCUGGAUCGAAUAUGCCGAUACAAUACUCGCUGAUACUCGAGAAAAAUAUGAAACAGCUUUGGGUGAGAAUGAAGAUGAUGAUCAAUCCUUAAUCGAGGAUGGAGCUGAGACAUCAAGAGGAUCGUUUGAUAAUGUUGAAAUUGGACCGGAAUUGUUGGGGAAUGAUGUUGAGGAAUAUUAUACCGAAGACAAUCCAAAUAAUUUUGGAGAUGAAGAGGAAGACUAUAAUCUUGACUUUAAUGAUGCCUCCAAAUUCAGGAAUUUCGGAGAGACUGCAGAUGAAAAUGAACAAGUUGAUGAAAAUAGGGAAGAUAACCAUUUCAGUGGCUUUACUGAGGUUCAAGAUCCACGUUACUAUGAAUACAUUGAUCCAGAUGGAACGAAGACACGAUUAAACUUUUCACCGGAUGAUAGUGACGACCAAGAGAGCAGGAAGGACGGAAACAUAAGAGAAGGGGAAGACGACCAAGAGGAUGAAGACAUUAUUAAUACCAAGAAUAAGAAGGAUGACUCGAAUAGCGCAGAAGAUGCAUGGAACACAGCUACAGAACCUACCUCGUUCCUGUUAAAUAAUCUUCAAAGACGAUCAGAUCCAACAGAUUCUACCAUUCAUGACGAGACCAUAUUCCAACAUCAGUUCGAAUUAGAUCAUAACGAGAUUGCCGAUGACGAUGAUGACGGAUAUUUGGAUCCGAACGAUGAUGGACAAUCUUACUCUAAAGUCAAUAAUGUCCUUCAUAGUGGUAUGAUGAACCUACAACGAUCCAAAAAUAUAUAUUAUGACGACAUAGAUGAAAAUGAAGAGAACCAAUUGAGUGACAAUAGUGAUGACGACGACGAAUUCGACCCAGAUGAUGAUGAUAUUGAAUAUGCGGAAAACUACAGUUCAUAUUCAUUGUGUAGGACGACAAGUAAAGAUGCCCUUUGGGACGAAGCCAAUCCAGAAUAG